GAUAAAGCAGGUUUUGUUUUGUUUUAAACCUGGUUGAGAAAUGGUUGAAGAAGAAAAAAAAACAUUACAAGCACAUAGAAAUGUAAUAAACGGACACCUUGACUUACUUUAAAAAGUAUUUUUUAAUAAGCAGGGCAUUGAUUAUAACUUAAAACUGAUUUUAUUGAGUUAUUUUAUGCACCUGAGUAAAAAUAAUGGAACAAAACAAGAAACACGAGAGGGACUGAAAGUUUAAACAGGUGAUUCAGUUGUGGAGGCUCCAGAACUUCUUAUGGCCAAAACACUGGGCCUCAUCAGAAGUCCUCUCCUCCUCUCCUCCCUCUCUUUAUUUCAGCUCGCUGUUUCCUUCUUGUCAUCCUGUUGUUUUUAACCGGGAUCAAAGUGGAGCUUAGGGGAUGAAUUACAUAACAGAAUUCUCUCCUCCACGGUUCGUCGGUAGUUUCUACCUCCCAUAAUUGUUAACAACCCCCCCCCCUGUCUCCUGCCCUGAUGGAGAGACAGAGAGGCUGCACAUAAGGAAAGCAUUCAGACGUUUACUUAUAAAGAGAUUUAUGAUCAUGUGUUUGCCAGUCCUAUGGAAUUUUUUAGAUGACAUUAUAUUUACAGGAAACUAAAGUGUACAGUUAUUAUUAUUAUUAUUAACCAUCAUUGUCUGGCGGCUGUUGAGUAACGUUCAAAGCUUCUCCCUCUCUCUGAUCUCUGCUGCUGCAGGCAUUAGCUUUCUGAACGUGAUAACAAGGACUUCUACUGAACUGUAAAUAUUCACAUGACUUGUAAGGAAGGCUGCAAAACAACCUCUCCUUUUGAACAGACUUCUUUUGUCUCGUCCUGUGAGACUUUAAAGCAGCUGUUUUUAGUUUUACUUCAUCAGUAACAUUUUACACAGAGCAGGUUUCUGUCCAGAUUAAAGCCAUGCUUGUUUCAGACACGCUCGUGUUUAAAAGUGGAAUAAUAUACUUAAAGAUCCCAAAGAUGAUGUUCCUUUCUUUUUCAUAUUUUUUUAAAGGUGUGGAAGACUGAAAAAAACAUUUUUUAAAUCUAAUUUCUGAUUAUGAUCAGUCACUCUGAGUUUUUCAUGCAGGCUGAACAUGAAAUAGUCUCCUACACCUUUUUGCUGCAUUAGCUUCUGAUAGAAAAUAGGCGGUGAAACUCUAGGAUUUGAAAAGUCUGACAGAUUUACAUCACACUGUCACUCAACAUUCAUGGACUCACCCAUCUGGACUCAUGAUGGGGAAGGCUGUUGUUUUAACGUCGAGGAGACGGCAGAAAAUGUCUUGGCUAGUAGAAGCUAACCAUUAGCAUUAGCAACUUUACCGCAUGGCAGAAGCUCCUCUAAGCUUGUGUUAUUUGUGGAAAUAAAAAUCAAGUCAGCCAGUAUCUCAGGAGGUAGAGCGGGUUUCCAGUAAUCGGAAGGUUGCAGGUUUGAUCCCGGCUCCGACCAGAGAAUGCUGCUGAUGUGUCCUUGGGCAAGACACUUAAAGGCACAGUCUGCAACAUUUAAAUGUAGAAUAACUUUAAAAAUGUUUGAUUUUGACCAUCUGACCCAAUUUUAUUAAAAAAAGUAAAUAAUCUUUAAUAUUUCAAUUUUCUCCUAAGUCCCUCCCCUGCCCUGUAGAGCUCAGCCAAUAUUUCUGCAAGCCUAACCCCGGGUUUCCAUGGGAGCCGUCAGCAGCACGUUACUGCAGCAGCACGUCUUGCUCGCGUAAGCUGCUGCUUGGCCCUUCCCACGAGACGCUAAGCAGCAGGGGAGCAGCUGUCACCGACAGAGCACGAAGUCACACGAGUGACUUCGUCAGUAAACACAACAACAAGCAGGAGAAAACUACAACAUGGUUUGUGUUUUAUGUUCUGUCCGUUUUAUAAUCGCCAAUACGGACCUGAAAAACAAAGGAGACCGCUAGCUAGGUGAUAACUUCUCACGGGGACGCACAGUUAGUAACAUUUUUUAAAAGUAAAGCAACCGGAAGGCAGCACGUUCUUUAUUCUGAAAAUCUCUGUAGCUUCUCUCCAUUUCCGCGUCCGAUUUCCUGUCUUUCCUUCCCCAAAAAUGUCGAACUUGACCCGUUUCAGAGGCGUCGCGCGUAGAAAAUAGAACCGGCGCGUAAAGGCCGCGACAUGCUGCUCCUGAGACGCGGCCGACUCGCGCUGCUGACGGCUGCCAACGGCUCCAGUGGAAAAGGUUCUGUUGACCACAGCGGUUCCUAUCAGCAGCUAUGACUGCUGCUGCAGUAACGUGCUGCUGACGGCUCCCGUGGAAAGCCGGGGUAACGCGUUGACCAAUAGCGCUGCGUUUCCACCAGGGGGCAGCUUUCAAUAAUCGAGCCCGAGCAGGUCUCAGCUUGCACAACAGUGUCACGCGCCUCACUUGGCUUACUGCAGAAACAUGGAGCAACAAAACCCUAAAUUACCGAUUCCUCGACUGCCUUCCACAUCUCAAAAAACAUUUAAAAAGUUUAAAAGCCCUUCUUCAAAAGUGGCUGUAAGACGUUUAAGACAGUCGAGUAGAAUUUACAUUGGAGAUUGUUUUACACACGAUGGAGAGAUUUUCGUGAUCUACACGGCCUGAAAACGGAUGAAGAGUUGGCAAAGUAUCUUUUAGACAGUCAUCAGUCCAAAUAUGAAGCAUCAACAUUACACCAUUGAAGCGCCAACUGUGUAUUUCUCCAACACCAGUGCCAGCUCUGUCUAGCAUUCAUGGAGAAUCAUCUGAAAGGGAUGAUAAUUUGGAGGAGGUGAUGGAACAAGGUGAAACUAAAAAAGAAGGAUCUUCACAAAUGUUAUCUUGUGUGGGAAUUGAAGCAAACAUUGACGAGGAAGAGUUCAACAAUAUUCAGAACUCUGAUAGAGUCAUCAGAUGACACAUGGUCACCAAACAGAGAAACAGAAGUUGAUUCGUCUUCAGAGGAGGACGAAACCAUCGAGAUGGACUGCGGUACUGAUGACAGCGGUGAUGAGGACUACACACCUUAUACACACAUAAGGUAAUUCCUUUCGUUUAACAUUCUAUAAAACUGCAAUAGCGCAUAGAUAAUACAGGACCGGAGCAGCAUUACAAAAAACAUUACAACUUGAGACUCUGCAAGAAAUUAACAUAGAGGAUACAGUUCAUGACUGUAAUAUCCCAGAAGCAACUGACCGACGUUUGACAAGCAAGAAAGGUCUUCCUCGACGCUACAAGCUAAGGCCUGAGGAUCCAAGGCGUUAUGGUUUGCUGUCCGGAGUUCCUGCACCAUCAACAGAGGAACUUCUACAACACCUACGGACUCGCGGUGAUGGUAAAACUUUGCCACAGACAUAGGUGUUAGGGGGAGGCAAGAGAAAACCCAAAACCUUCUUUAUUUUUGUUUCCUGUGUUUUUUUUUUUUUUUUUUUUUUUUUGAAAAUAAAGAUAUAUUUUGGGGAAAUAAGGACUAAUAAUUUAAAAAUUUAUGUAAAAUGUUGGAGGUUGACAUAAUUUUUUGUUGUUGUGCAGGAGUUUUAAAAUUUAUGGUAUUUUUACAAAUGCAGCACAGAGUUAUGCUUUAGAACACUUUAUUAGAGCAUCAAACAAAAAUAUAUAAAAACAAACUUAUGUAAAAUAUCAAAUAUAUACAUUUAUUUACAAUCGUCUUGGAAUAAAACCUGUGUAGUUACCAUUGGGGUCAGGGAAUUUUGCAGAAUAAACUCCUCCAUGUGUGGUACAGUUGAAAUACAUGUCUGGGGAGGCUGUUGGCAGCAUUUCUUUUCCAAAUCAGUUGGUAUAUCUCUGCAGUGGGAGCAUACACACCAUGAAGGUUGAUUGGGUGUUGGAGGUGUUGUGGCAUUUGGACCAGAGAGGGCAAGUACAUCAAAGAGAACACCAGUGUCUGUCCAGCACCAUGAGGAACCUACUUGAGGAGGACUCCGAUGAAGAGGAGGACUUUUUCCUGAGGGGGCCCACAGGACCCAGAUUUGGACCUCAGAGUGACAAAAUGAAGCACGUGCAGUCGCAGGUGGAUGAGGUGAUCGACGUGAUGCAGGAGAACAUCUCCAAGGUGAUAGAGAGGGGCGAGCGUCUCGAUGACCUGCAGGACAAGUCAGAGAGCUUGUCGGACCACGCGUCCGCCUUCAGCAGCCGAGCCAAACAGCUGCACAGGAGGAUGUGGUGGAGAGACAUGAAGAUGAAGAUAGUUGUCGCUCUGGUAGUUGUUGCCAUUCUCUUGAUUAUUAUCAUCCCAGUGAUCCUUCGGUACCGUAACUGAGGAUGAGAAUGAAGUGGAGCCCUCGGCUGCUCACUCUGGAGGGCACCACACCCUCUUCAGUGUCACCUUGUUUAUGCUUCAGGAUCUGGCCUCGGCUACCCCUUCAGUUGGGAUCUAAUUUAAAUUUCCAAUCUUAAUCUCACUUGAGAUCAGUUGUGACGCAGGGUUUGAGCCCUGAUCAAAGGAAGGGGGCAGAAACCGGGUGUGAAAAGUGAAAAGUACUCCAUUCCAAGACAAAUAAAUCCAACAAUCUGUCGUAGUUAGCUACUGUGAAUCUGCUGCAUUAAUCUCAUGUAAAGAGGCAGCAGAUGAACCUCUGAGGUCCACUUGGGAUUUCUUACGUGUGCAAAAUCUCAAAAACAAAGCACAUUUUAUUUCUACUCUGCAAGAGGUGAGAGGACGUCUGAGCUUCAUCUGUGGUUCCCAGACUUGUUUUAUCAUAAAAGAAGCUUUUUGGCAGAAAAUCUCUGUCCUGUUCCCAUACAACAAGCUGCUCGGUAGCAGAAAGCACCGUCGCCUCUGAUCACAGAAAAAAAACAUCCAGGUUUUGAAUGUAUUCUCAUCAGCGCUGCUCUGCUCACGGCUGUCCAGCUGUUAAUGUUUUACUCUGCUGAUGGUUCUGUUGGGUUUAAAAGCUUGCUCCAUGUGUUUUUCCUCUAAAGUUAUUACUUCUGUUGUAGGUGAAGCUCUGUAUGAAAGCUGGUGUUAGCUGCUGAGGAGACGGACGGGUUAUCUGUACUGUUACGUUUGAGGGGAGUGAUGCUCUCUGUAACAAACAUGGGUGUUGUAGUGACCGGAUUAACUCCAUGUUGUAAUUUGAUUACUUUUGUGUAAUUUAUUUUAGCUGUAAAUAUGGGUUCUGUAAUGAUACUGCACAGUUCUCUGGCAUCGCAAAGGAAGACUGAUUCUCUUUGCUCUGUAAUAAAGAGAAUGAAAAGGGUCUGGUUUAUUCUGGUUUCAGCUGCCUGACUGGCUCAGGAAGGAGAAUUUUGUGGAAAUAGAAAAUGGACAAAUGAGAUGGGGGGGGGGGAAUCCUGAUCAUUAUGCCAUCUUUUCAGUUUUGAACACACGUAUUCUGCUUCCAUUGAAAGCAGGGUCCCUCAUUACUCCACUAUUUUAUUAGUUUGUGACUUUACUGGCACCGCAGAGUCCCAGGAUGGCACUAAAGUGGGAGGGCUGGGAGUCCGUGAGAGGGUUAUUGCUCUGACAGACCCUCAGCUCAGGUUCUCUCCACACCGCAGACAUAAACAGGCACUGACGGCUCUUCUGUGGAGCUGACCCAGAGGGACAGCUUUGCGUUGUUGAUAUACGGCAGGUGGUUACUUCAGCUCGCAUCUGUUGCUGAGGCGCACACUGGGGGGUGAUGGCUUUAUUUCCGUUCUGAAAAUCAUUUAAGCUCACACACAUUGUUUGAAAGUUGAAGCUGCUGUGAAAUGUUGGAAAGUUCUCACACUAGAGUCAAGUUAGAAAUAUAAAGUUUUACAUGUCAGAAAGCCUGUAAAUAUUUUUAUGUGUCCAUUUGUUUACCCACAGCUGAGCACUAAUGCUGAUUUAAAACGUUUCCUUAGAAGCAGCAACUUGAAGGAAUCCCGCUCCUCGAGAUUUGAUCUGUCUCUGCAUUCAAGGGAAGCUAUUUUCUUUUUGAAGUUUAUGUUUUUGUUUAUGCACAGCUUUCUAAAUGUCCACCACAGUAUUUCAUUUCGUUUGAGGUCUGGACUUUAACCCAGCCACCACUGCAGCCUGAUUCUCGAGUCCUUAAGUUCUGUUUGAAUAGAUUAGCUGCUGGUUUCCUUUUGGAUGAUCUGCUUUGGCUUCAGCUGUUUGACAGAUGGUCUCAUAACUGACUCUGAGCCUUUAGUAUACAGAGGAAAUAUAGAAGAAUUAGUGCUCGACUCAACUGCAUUACGACAAGGUGCCCAAGUUCUGUGGCUGCAAAACAAUCAUCAACCCUCCACCACUGUGCUUAAGAGCUGUGUUUAAUAGUUUUACUGCACUUGGUCAUUAGAUAAAUUUUUCAUUUUAAUGCAGCUUAAUGGACCUAAGCUUUGCUGCCAUUUUUUUUUACUGAUGGUUAGACACGUUCUUCUAGGCUAGGCUUAAAACCAUAUUUGUUCUUUGUUUUAUUCAUUUUUCUCAGUGUUGUUAAAACAAGUUAGUUUGUUUGUUUGUUUUUAGUUUUUCAGUAAUUAUUAUAAUCUUUGCACCGUUUAUCUUUGUUUGAACUGAAAUGUCCAUUCCAUGAAAAACUGCUACAAUCCUGUUUCCCACUAUUUAAAAUAAUUUCUCACCAUAGAUUGUAAAAUUAUUUGGAAAUAUUCCAAGACUGAUUAAAGGCUGAUUUAUGCUUCAA